UCCACAAUCAAACAAUACGAAAUUGGCAUAUAAAUAUAUCCAUUUGCUCACCUCCAUUGUCAUCGACUUCAACAAUCAGGCAACUGAACAAGAAGGUCUCAGGUUCUUCUAUUCAGAGAUAUGCCUGUGGAUAAAAGCUCUUUGUCAACUGAGGUCCAACAUGACGAGCCCGCACAAACUGCCAACACUUCGAUCGACAAUCCAGAUAUUAAAAAGAACGAUGUUGUAGCAACAAAUGAUAACCAUGAUAAAUCACCCCAAGAACCCCUUCAAACAACCACUUUAGAUGCAAACAAAAAUGAUAAUACCUCUACACCUAAACUUGAAGCCACAACCAAUGAACCGGAUAAAGCUUCCACAACUCCUUUCAUUGAUCCAUCUUUGGAUCCGCCUGCCCCAAGAGCAUCGCCUAGUAGUGAAAACAAUUCAUCAUCACUUGAUGCUCAACCAACCACCACCCCUGAAAAAUCCACCACUAAGAUACCCGAUUCAGACGCAAACAAGCAAUCUACUUCAAUCCCGGCCAAUGACCAUGACUCAGAUGCUAACAAGCAAGCUACCCAUGACUCAUCGAAAAGUUCCACCACUAUAGAUCCAACCGCAAAUCAAAAUUCUAACCCGGCUAAUCAAACCAAUCCUCAGAUAGCCAAUAGUGACGCUAUGCAAGCCGCAAAUCAGACUACCCAGCAACCCAACAAUGAACCUUCUAGCUCUCAGAUCCCUGAUUCUGAUGCCAACAAGCAAGUCAACACGGUCGCCACUGAUGACUCAUCUAAAAUUUCCAGCACUGACCCACAAACAGAUAACGACACUAAGCAAGCCACAAAUCAGAGUACCAAAACUGCCAGCACUGACCCACAAACCAGUAAGGAUAACCAAGGGAGUCCAUUACCAACUGAUGAACCUUCUACCUCCGCUGAUACUAAUGCCAACAAACAAGCCAAGUCGGUCGCCACUGAUGACUCUCCUAGCAGUUCCAAGACUAUGGCUACAACUUCCAGUCAAGAUCCUAACUCGGCUGGUCAAACUAAUCCUCCGAAAACGGAUAGUGACACGAAGCAAGCCACAGAACAGAGUACCAACACUGUCAGCACGGACCCAGAAACAGACAAGAAGGAUCCCUCAAGUGAGAAGGCCCCUCAAUUGGAUCAACUUGAAAACUUGAUACGUCAAGAACUAGAUAUUGUUAAGAAAAAUUAUCCUAAACUUGGAGAACAUGGGAAAAAAAUACAGGAUAGAGCCGACAAUGUCUCUGAUCGAUUAAAAAAGGUAAAAGACGAAUCUUAUGGCAUAAAAGAGCUAAAAACUCUCAAGAAAACCGUUACCAAAUUGAAGCUUGAGAUUCCGCCAAGGUACAUGACAUAUGAAGACGACGAGAAACAAAAGAAGCAGAAAUUCGGUGUUGAAAGUAGUGACAACAUUUCCACUAUGUUGCAAAUGAAGAUGCCUCGAUUACAUGACGAACUCUUCAACAAAAGUCCUGUUUGUAAUACUAUACAUCUACGUUUUAACAAACUCAAACCUGUAUUAAAGCUUUGUUUGCUAUGUUUUACGGUGUUCCCGGAAAACGCAAUCAUAAGUAGAAGGUCAAUGAUUUAUUGGUGGAUCGGAGAAGGGCUUAUUCCCGAAGAAGAUGAUAGUGUUGAGGAGGAAGCCAAUAAAAUCUUCAAAGAGCUUAUGGACAUGGAUUUCAUUGAGCCUGAGACUAAACGUUCUCGUCCUUAUGUGGCCAAUUGCAAAAUGAACCCACUGAUUCGUGCUGCAUUGGUUAUGAUCGCAGACAAGGUAAAGUUCUUUGAUUUUGAUAAGUACGGGAACCCAAAAGAUUUUGGUAAAUUUGAUGAGAUUGAAAGCCCAGAAGAUAUGGCAGCUAUCUAUCCACUUGGUGAACCAACAGAGUUUUUUAUUUUCUAUAAUAAAGAUAGGGAACCCAUAUUAAAACCAGAGAUCACUGAUUCGUGUCAAUUCGCGCAACUUCCUCAAUCAAAGCUAGUAGAUCCCGUUAAUCGUAACGGGGACAAGAUUGAUCCAACAAAAAAGUUCUAUCUUUACGAAAGAAGGAAGCUCACCACAAAGUCUUAUAAGGCAUGUUUGAUGGGUAGUGGGCUAUCCAAAGGUAUGCCUUGGGAAAACCUUCAUAUGAUGUUUAAUGUUAAGGACGUAAUUCUUGAGUACAAGAAGGAAUGGUUUUUACGAAUGAAAAACAUCAACGUUCUCUUUUUAGGAAAGUGGCAAAGCUCGGCUACCCACCAUAUUGAGGUCGAGGAGUUUGAUUUUUCAAAGAGCUUGGACAAUAUGAACAAUGUGCGGUUCUUUAGUCUUCAUGGAGUUUCAAGGAUUUCCGAGCUUCCAGAUUCUAUCUCAAAACUCAAAACCCUUCGUAUUCUCGACCUUAGAGCUUGCCAUAAUCUUGAGGAAAUUCCAGGAACCAUUGGUUUACUCAAGUGUUUAACACAUUUGGAUAUGUCUGAAUGUUACUUGCUAAGGAAAAUACCAAAAGAGAUUUCAUCUCUUGAAUCUCUUCAAGUCCUUAAAGGGUUUGUAGUUGUCGAAUUUCCAGAUAGAAACAUGUGUACCCUCAAUGAUUUAAGGAAACUGGAACACUUGAGAAAGCUUAGCAUGUACACACAUAUGAAAAACUUCCCUCAAGAAACGCAUCUUGAAGCCUUACAAAAUCUUUUAGCUCUUAGUAAACUAACAAUCUUGUGGGGUGGGCAUGAGCCGACGUCUGAUACAAGCAAGGAGAAACAAGAUGUUGUAAAUGAAAAGCAGAAUAUGGGAUCCAGAGUUAAGAGAUGUAUGCCAAAGAGGCCAAAAUGGGUACAAGGGAAUUUGAGAAGACAGAAUGCUUUCAAUAAUUCAACAUUGGGUUCACGACUUGAAAAACUUGACCUCAAGUGCUUCCCACACCGUGAGACACCGAAUUGGCUAACUGCAGCCAACCUUCAGGGGUUAAGAAAACUAUAUAUUCGUGGUGGACAUUUCUCGGACCUUGGUCAAAAUAUGGACAUGCUUGAGUGGGAUGAUUCACCUACCCUGCCCAAAGAAAGAUGGAAUGUUGAAACAUUGCGAUUGAAGUACUUGGAGGAACUGAAUAUGGAAUGGAGAGAAUUGCAGAAUCUGUUUCCGAAACUGAAGACUUUAGAGAAAGUUAAGUGCCCGAGGCUGACGCUCUUUCCUUGCAACGAGCAAGGAGUCUGGAAGAAAGGAUCAUCGACCACCUGAUACAGUUCUUGAUUACAAGUUCUAAGGAAUAGGUUCAAACACCUAUGGUAUUCUUUAUUUAAUAAGUUCGUAUGUUUGGAUUGAUGUUUACAUACAUCAUUAUGUAUGUAAUUUGUGUUUGUUAUGUUUGUCAGAAUAAGAAUAAAUGUGUGUUUAUCAGUUAUGACAUAUGUGUUCCGUUUCUCAAAA